AAAAGGUUCGUGUAUUUGACUUGAGAAGAUAAACUUCCUUACCACGUUUGAGCGAUUUUAGUGCAUUUAUAUCGGUUUUUCACUGAAAAUAAACGUUUUUCCUAACACUUAUUUGCUCAUUAAUUACUAAAAUGAAAUUAAGUGGCCAAUUAAUAGUUUUAGCAGUGUUCAUUGCUGUAGUAUCAGCAAGAAUAGACCCUAAAAACUUGAAGUGUUUAGUAUGCCGGACGACCUUCGAGGAACUGGAUAAGGCGAUUAAAAAAGUUGAUAAGUGGAAAAAAGUAGAUGUGGGUAACUUCAGGAUGGAUGCCAGCGGAGACACAAUGCAGGAUAAAGUGCCAGCCCACAGAUCCACCGUCUACAUCUCCGAGAUGAUUGAUGACAUCUGCAAGAAAAUGGACGACUAUGUCCGCGUGUACUACAAGGCGACCGGCAAACUUGAGAUCAUGCAGCUGAUGACUGAAGCCGGCGGGAUGAACCCCGAGUUCACCAAGACCAAGUUCGUCACCGACGAUGACUUGAACAAGAGCCUGGAGUACUAUUGCGAGCGUAUGUUCGAGGAAAAUGAGGACGAGAUCACGUCACUGUACAAGCAUCGGCCUCAUGAUGACGUCAUGCCGGACGCGCUUAACGAGAUCUGCUUCAAGCACGCAAAAUACUGCGAGGACUGGAUGCUGCCGAAUGAAGAAGAUACCACCUGGACGGAGGAGAUGGAGAGGGAAUACAUCAAGAUCCAUGGCCCGGACCCCUACGGCUUCAACAUGGGUGGCAUGGGCGGCAUGGGUGGCAUGGGUGGCAUGGGCAUGGGCGGAGUCCCCGAGAUGCCCGACGGCCUCGGAGACGAGCUGCCUGAGGACCUUGAGGACUUACCAGAGGAGGAAUUUAAAGAUGAGCUGUAAACUGUGACGAAUGGGAAAUAUACGAUGGUUAAUAGUCAAAGACAGAUAGGAAUGAAAAAUGGACGUAGACAAAGGAAUACUAAGACGCAUAGAUUAGGUUCAAAACUGCCAAUGCUCAAUACAGAGGGCGCUUAGUUUUUUAACUUCCGUAGUCUAUGGUUUCUGUUUAGUUUUUAGAUUAUUGUAUAAAUCUACAAUUACACAAUAAUCUAAAUAACUAACAAUUAAUUUAUGUCAGUUAAAUUUACAAAACAUGUUGCAUAUUUGUAUACCACAAGAGUCCCCGGCAAGCUCGGCCGAAUUUCACCUUCCCAUACAAACGGAGUUUCGUUCUCAUUUUAAAACUACGUGUUGGAUUGUAAUGAAACUUUGCACAUACAAUGACAUGAGGUAUAUCUAGGUCUGUAAUUAGUUUAUAUAGCUCCAGUUUAUGAAACAAACGAAAUAGAGCAAAAACAAGUUUUGUAUGACACACUUAAAUUCGCUGUAUUUUUUUAACUAUGGUAUCUGAAGCUUUAUAAACUAAUAACAGACAUAGAUGUACCUUAUCCUAUUGUAAGUACAAAGUUUCAGAGCAAUCUAGCUAGUCGUUUUAAAAUGAGAGCGUAACUACGUUUGUAUGGAGAACCGAGCUUGCCGGAGACCCUUAAUAGUCGUCAGUC